UGUAACUAGUUAAUCAUAAGCAACUGAGCAACAACAAUGAUGUUUAGGCUGUGAAUUUGGAUUAUUUGGUGUGCAGCUCCAAGUACUUAUUUUAACGGCAUUUCAUCCGGCGACGAAUUGUUAGUUAAGAUAGAACAAUGAAGUCGGUCUGCGUGCUGUAAGGACUGUAUGCGGCUAGGUGGUCUAUUCAAUCUUGAGUAACGUGUACGGUUACCAUAUACGGGCUGCUGGAUACCCUUUCACGAGGAGGCUUUUCAGAUCGCUUGCCAACGAUUAAGAUGAUGGAAGAUUUCUCUGGCCUUGCCCUCCCUCCUCUCUUUGGUGGACACAUACUGGAAGCAGAGCUGGAGCCAGGCGGUGUGGAACUGGGGCCGGGGGAAGUUGAGCUGGGGCCAGGAGGGAGUGAACUGCUGGACAGUGGAGGGCAGGGGUCAAGGCUUGGGCCAGAGGAGGAGCAAGAGAGGAGAGAGCAAGAGAAAAGGAAGUACCUGGCAUUGAGCAGGAGAUGUAAAGAGAUUGAACAAGUAAAUGAACGAAUACUUGGACGCCUUCACCAGGUUCACAGACUUACACGACGCUUGAAGAAAGAAAGAAGGUUUCUGAUGAAGACCCUUAACUCGUAUGGAGAUGACUACAGAAGUGCCCAACUCACUAUACUUCUUGAGGAUGAGGGUGGAGCUCAUUUGGAUUCUUUUCCUGGGGGGGAGGAGGAUAGGCCAAAUGGCCUUCCAGGAUCCUCCCCCUCUGUUGUUCACCAAUCAGCAGCUGGAUCUAAGAAGAAGCGGCAUCGAAUUCCUAAGGAGAGGGAGAGAGAUGCCCAGACUGAGGAAGAUCUGUCCAUGCUGACUGAUGCCCAGUUCAGUGGAUUUCCCAGCCCUCCCUCUCUCCCCCACUGAACAAAGCCAGGGAAACAAAACCUCAUAAGACUGCAGUUAACUGGCAGUACUCACAGUGUGUCUGCCCUGCGGUACCCUCUAACAGUGUAUUGCUGAAUUAUUGUUUUGAUGGAUGUUGAUAUCUGUGAAUAGUUUUGGUGAUUAGGGUACUGCUUCUAAUCGAAAAAGUCAGAAAUAUGUCCUGGCCAAAUGAAAAGGGUUCUGCCUGGAGUGUUUCCAUGAAGAAUUGUUUUGGAUGUAGUUGCGUACAUACUGUAACCACAGACACAGGUUGUAGCUAUAUAUUUUGUACUAUAAGUGUAUUUUCUAAUUUUGUAUUAAAUAGGUACUGCUGUAUUGUUCACUAGACAUUAUUGGGUAAUAAAUCUUGAAAUUUGUUGAAA